AUGGCAGAAACACAGGAAGAUGUUGAGAUGGAUACUCAAGAUAUUGAGCUGGAAACACCACCGUCAGAUGUCUUCAUGGCGCCUUCAAUAUCCAAGCCAGGCAUUCUUGGCGGAAGGUCAUAUUCGCACUUCUCGCCAAUACCGAAGCAGAUUGCAGACGAUAUGUCUGGAGAAGUUGUACUGGGUGUCGAUGAAGCAGGACGAGGCCCUGUCUUAGGCCCUAUGGUAUACGCCCUCUUCUACCUACCGAUCGAACUGCACCACUCUCUCCUCGCCGAGACGCAUCACUUCGAUGACUCCAAAGUCUUGACUCCCGAAGUCCGCUCGAACCUGAUGCGCAAGCUCUGCACCAAAGGCUCGGAUCUCUACGAAGCUGGCGGAUGGGCAACACGCGUAAUGUCAGCUCAAGAUAUCUCAGCGCAUAUGUUAUCCCCGAAUGUAUACAAUCUCAACGCACAAGCUAUGGAUGCGACAAUCGAUCUGAUCAAAGGAGUGUUGGCACAAGGAGUCAACGUCAAGGAGAUCUAUAUCGACACUAUUGGCAAACCAGAAAUCUACCAGAAGAAGCUAGAGAGGAUAUGGCCUACGAUACGGAUCACAGUUGCGAAGAAAGCCGAUAGUCUAUACCCCGUUGUUAGUGCAGCAUCAGUAUGCGCCAAAGUCACCCGAGACGCGGCCCUAGAUGUCUGUUACGAGCCCUACCAGAAUCGUGCCACCGAGGCGAACGAAGAUGCCGAAGUCAAGGUGGCGUGGGGUUCCGGAUAUCCAUCGGAUGCACGAACAACGACGUGGCUGAAGCAGAACAUGGACCCCCUCUUUGGCUGGGGUAGCGAGACUCGUUUUUCGUGGGGAACUGCGAAAGAGCUACUGGAAGGGAAGAAGGCGGAUGUUAGUAUCGACUGGCCCGCGGAAGACGAUGGCAAUGACAUGCGCAUGACAGACUUCUUCAGUGGCAAGAACGAGAGCGGUGGAGAUGAAUUGGUCGACUGGUUCGGAAAGCGUGUCACGCAGGAGAUGGACGUAUUCUGA